CCGCUUUCAUGUAUAUAAAAUAAAAUAAAAACAAAUGUCCAAGGGAUCUUUUGAAAAUUUGCUUCCACACGGCCCCACGCGCACUCUGAGUCUAAUUCAACGUUCCUUGAAUCUUGGUGCGCAUGCUGUAUAGGUCAUAUGACCGGAUUGCCUGCCUCUCUUCUCUAGCCUAGACUUUAGAAGAAAGAGAGAGAAGAUGGUGUCGCAGACGAUAGAUUUGUUAAAGAAGGAGCUUCCUGUUGAAGAGGGAAGGCUGCAUCUGAACGGAGAUGGAGCUAAGACUACUGGUCUGGUCUUGGUCGACCUUGUUAAUGGCUUUUGUACUGUUGGCGCUGGCAAUUUGGCCCCAAAAGUGGCAGAUAAGCAAAUAUCAGAAAUGGUGGAGGAAUCAGCGAGGAUUGCUAGAUUAUUCUGUGAAAAGAAAUGGCCUGUUUUUGCCUUUCUUGAUACCCAUCAUCCUGAUAUACCCGAGCAUCCUUAUCCUCCUCAUUGCAUUCUAGGAACUGAUGAAGCAAAUCUUGUUCCUGCCCUUCAAUGGUUGGAGAAUGAUCCUAGUGCAACUCUUCGCCGCAAGGAUUGUAUUGAUGGAUUCCUUGGUUCAAUUGACAAACAUGAUGGUUCCAAUGUCUUUGUUGAUUGGGUUCGAAAUAAUGACAUCAAACUUCUACUGGUUGUAGGGAUAUGCACAGAUAUAUGUGUCCUGGAUUUUGUUUCUUCGGCCUUAUCUGCCAGAAAUCGUGGCCUUCUUUCUCCUCUUGAGGAUUUGGUUGUGUAUUCUCGUGCUUGUGCAACCUAUGAUCUUCCACUUCACAUUGCCAAAACUCUCAAAGAUACCAUAGCACACCCACAGGAGCUGAUGCAUCACAUAGGCCUCUAUAUGGCCCAGGGAAGGGGAGCCAAGGUAGUAUCAGAGGUUUCUUUUGGUUCAUUGCCACAGCCGUUAUUUUAGCCCAGCCACGCUUUACAUGUUCGUCGGAUAGGGGUAGCUGAAAGAACAGUAUGUAUGUAGAAAAAGGUUUUUUAUAUUUGGGUUGCCACUCAAUAAUUAUGGCAUGGGUAUUGAAAUUAGUUGAAUGGAAAACAAAAUUGUCACACUUGAUUAUGUUUUGCUUGGUAAAUUUCUGUGCAAUUCUAAAUGACAAUGUCUCAGUAGGAAUGUUCUUGGCCA